AUGACUACCAAAAAGCAAUUCUUCAGCACUUCUUCUCCUUGGGAAGCUCGAAUCGGAUACUAUCGAGCAGUGCGUCGUGGCCACCUAAUCUACGUGGCCGGAUCGACUGCAGCAGACCCGAACUCUCCUCCGCAAGCCCCGCGAGUUCGAUUCCCCGGAGAUGCUCGCCAACAGACACGUGUGAUUCUGGAGGAGAUCAUCCAGGCUAUUCAAGCUGUUGGUGGUCAAGGUGCCGAGAGCAUAGUGCGAUGUAAGAUGUUCGUGAGCAGGAAAGAGGACUGCAAUGCUGUGGGGGAAGGAUUCAGGGAUGUGUUGGGCAAAGAGAAUGGAGACCAAAUUGGGGCAGCUGCGACAAUGAUUGUGGUCAGCAAUGGAUUUGUUGAUGACGAUAUGCUUGUUGAGAUUGAAGUAGAUGCAAUCGCAGAGUAA